GGAGCUGGAGCGCUACCUUUGCGGGUGUCAGUUACCAUGGCUGCCCUUUUCUGCCCGGUUCCCUUUUUCUAACUUCUGGACUGUGGUUUAAGAUGGCCUUGCUGAGGCAUGUAUCUGGAAGAUAAAAAGGUAGAAGCCACUCAUUCUUCAUCUACCCUUUUUUCAGUAUCUGGCACCAAUUCUGGCCCCACCAUUUGUGGCCCACGACUCUUGUGGUGUGCUGAAGAUUUACAGGCAGUUUCUGUGGACCACCUCUCUGUCCGUCUCUAAGCAAGCGCCACAUAAACAAGAACUUGCCUAAUCACACGUGUGAGGACUGUGCUCUGACUGCCAAAAAGAUCAGUACAGACUCCAGAAUGGCAGCCACUCUCAAGUUGUUAAAACUUUUAAAAUACCAAGCAUCUUGUAAUCCUUCUGCCUACUGUGCAGCCCAAAGCAUGGCAUAUUGGAAUAUGGAAAACAUCAUUCAUCAUGGGGGACAGAACCUUCCUGAACAUAAUAGCUCCUGCCAUCCUGCCCGAGAAGUUAAGAACAUUGGUGAUAUCACCUUGUCUCAGAGAAUCUGCACAACCAGCAGUGCCCACCUGGGUUUGGAAAUCAACAAAGCUUUUACCCCUAAAGCCAACACAUUGCAUCCAGACAAACCUAGUGCCGAAAGAGUUGGUAAAGAGGAUGUAGAGGUUUUUGAUGCCUUCGGAGGAACCCGAGUAUUCUUAAAGCUAAGGCCAGAGUACCAGCUUCACAGCUAUAACAGAUCUGAGACUUGCCAACCCCUGUCUGUUUCAGAAGGUGAACUAAUUUUGCACAAAGUCAGAGUUUAUCAAAAUAAACUCCAGCCAGAAGUCAUUACUACUUACUUUUGUAAGCUGAGCUCUCUGCCAGUGGAACAGCAUUCUGGUUUGCUGUCCAGUAAGAGCUUUGCGUUGCUCUGCCAACUGAGUGUGAAAAACAUUCAGCUCUUUGAUACCUCAGAUCUGAUCAGCAUUUUGAAAGCCUUUGUUGAUUUACGAAUCUCUCUCUCCCCUUCCAUGCUAGAUGUGUAUGAAACCAGGUUUUGCCGUCAGGUGUGGGAGAUGAAUCUGGACCAGCUUCUCCUGGUUGCUGAUCUUUGGCGGAACUUGGGCCACAGAGUGCCUCGUUUUUUAAAUUUUUUUUUUAGUUACCUUCAUUUACACUGGAAAGAGCUAUCCUUGUCUCAGCUGAUUCACUUGAUUUAUAUUAUAGGUGAAAAUCGUCAGGUACCACAGGACCUAAUGCAGAAACUGGAAUCACUGAUCCUUAAGUAUAUCGAGCUGGUAAAUUUGGAGGAGAUUGGUACAAUCUGUUUGGGUUUUUUUAAAUCAAGUAGUAAUCUCUCUGAAUUUGUCAUGCGGAAAAUUGGUGACCUGGCUUGUGCUAACAUGCAGCAUGUCAGCAGCCACACCUUAGUUCACAUCCUGAAAAUGUUCCGCUUCACUCAUGUAGAACACGUGGAUUUCAUGAAGCGGUUUGGAGAAAUUGCUCCUCAGCGAAUUCCUUCCUUGGGGGUUCAGGGUGUUAUGCACCUCACUCUUGCCUGCUCGGCCUUACGCAUCUUGGAUGAAAGAGUAAUGAAUGCAGUAGCUGCCUCUUUGCCUCCAAGGGUAGCACACUGUCGAAGUAAAGACGUUGCCAAAAUUCUGUGGUCGUUUGGAACGCUGAACUAUAAGCCACCCAACACAGAAGAAUUUUAUUCCAGUCUGAUAAAUGAAAUCCGCAGGAAGAUGCCUGAAUUCAGCCGGUACCCAGAGCAUCUUCUGACCUGCCUGCUUGGCCUGGCAUUUUCUGAAUACUUUCCGACUGAGUUCAUCAAUGUUGCUCUGAGUCCAGAGUUUGUCAGAUUAGCUCAAGAGAGUAGUAAGUUUGAACUCACGAAGGAACUGUAUACACUUGAUGGUACAGUUGCCAUUGAGUGUCCAGAUUAUAAGGGCAGUCGUCUUAAUCCUCACCUUCAGCAAGAGGCAUCUGUAAUGCUGUGGAAUUUAGCAUGCAAGGAUAUGAGGUCAAAACCGGAGUUCCUAGAAGCUCUCUCUUUACUUGAGAUCAUGUUAGGUGGCCCUCAGUACAUCAAGCACCAUAUGAUUUUGCCUCACACCCGGUCUUCUGAUUUAGAGGUUCAGCUUGAUGCUAACAUGAAGCCAUUACCAAUUAACAGUGAAGUGACACCAAUGGAAGAUGCAGCCCGAUUACAGUUUAAGCAGGUGGGAGUCAGCCUUACAGAUGAUUUGAUGAAUCAGUUGCUAAAGGGAAAAGCCAAGAGAUAUCUCCAGGGGGAAACUGAAUUAGAGACUGGCCAGCCACCUGUGGAGUUAAGAAAGAAGACAGCCGGACUCUUAGUGGACUCUGCUUGCAGUGUGCCAGAUAGAUCGGGGAAUGUGGGAACAGAUGGACUGUGCCCUAUAGCCCACAUUCAGCCCCCACUAGUGAAGCUAGCUAUUCAGUUUACAAACAAGAAUCAGUAUUGCUAUGGUACCAGGGAUCUGCUUGGACUGCACAAUAUGAAGAGGAGGCAGCUGGUUCGAAUUGGGUACCGCGUGGUAGAAUUAUCUUACUGGGAAUGGCUUCCACUACUGAAACGGACUCGCUUAGAAAAGCUAGCAUACCUCCAUGAGAAAGUGUUCACUUCUGCUCUCUGAAGGGCCUUCAUGGGCAUUUCUGCUCAUAAACGCAAUAGGUGCACACCCUACACCUGUAGGUUGAGCAUCUUUAACCAGAAAAUCAAAGUCAGAAAUGUUCUAAAAUCUGAAACUGAGUACUGACAAAUCUCAAAUCAGGAAUAUUCAAGUGGUAGUCCAUGCAGAUACUCUAGACUUGAAAUCUGAAACACCUCUGGUCCUAAGUAUUUGAUAGAGGGAUUCUCAACCUGUCUUCCAAUCAAGUAAUUAUAAAAGUCAGAGUGUAGGUGGAUAAUGAAACCAUCUAUUGAGUAGCUGUUGGUAUACUCUUCUCUGUUGCAGAGCCUGUAGCUAUAAUGCUACUACAGAGUGUGUCUAGCCUAUGGUAGUGGCAAGCUGCUGUAGUUGUAUAUUUUGCUCAGAAUAAAUAAGCAUCUUCAAAAUGACCUUGAGCCACAAAAUCUUAUGCAUUUUUUUUCUUUAUCUGUUAACCUUAAGUUACAGUUAUUUUGAGGUGGUGUUUUAUUUGUUUCUGUUUUAAUUCCUAUUAUGUGGGUGCGUGUAUAUUGGGAACCAGACUUGGGUUUUUGCAAGAGUAGUAAGCACUCUCCCCCCGCCUUUUGGUAUUUCUCUGUAUCACAGCUCUGGUUGUCUUGGAACUUUCUCUGUAGACCAGGCUGGCCUUGAACUCAACCUCACUUGAUCCACUUGCAUCCAUCUGCCUAUGCCUCCUGAGUGCCGGGACUAAAGGCAUGUGCAAACACCACCUCCUGACUUGUUUUUGUUUUUGAGAUAGGGUCUUUCUAUAGCCCUGGCUAUCUUGGAACUUCCCGUGUUAUCUACUUUCCUCUGCCUCCCAAGGGCUGCUAUUAAAAGGCUAGUGCCACUAUGUUUAGCCACUGGGACAGUCUUAAGUCUGAAAAAAAAUUCAUUGUUUAUCUGAAGCAGUUUAAUAAGUUGUUAAGUCUGGAAACACAGAUGGUACACAAAUGGUAUCUUGGGGUUUAGGGUCACAGAAGAGUUCUGAAUGAAAUUGUCUUAAGUUAGGAUUCAGUAGGCAGAGAUUUAAGUUGAAAAAUUCAAGUGAAACUUAAGAGCACAUGAAAUAAGGCCCUGAAGAGAAGUGACAAGGUCAGGGUCAAAUUUGCCUCCUCAGCUUACUCAGGACCCCACAGAGUUUUCAUCCAGAGUUACUAAAGCACUGUUAUCUUGAUAGCCGUUGUUAAUCUUGAUAGUUUUCUAAGAGGAAAAACUACUCAUGUUUUUUUUUUUUCCCCCCCCGAAGAGCAAAAGCGGGGCUGAGAAUGUGAGUCAGUGACCGUGUGUUUGCCACGCAUAUGUGAGGUGCUGGGUUUGAUCCCCACCACAAAUAUAAAACUGUUCACAUGUCCCUCCUAUAGUGUCUCAAACACUAAGCCUUUGACUUGCCCGCACAUAGCAUCAAGUUGUAGGUAUCUUUUAGGCUCAUACCUGGGUUUGGUCUUUCUUUCCUGGUGGGCAUUGUAUGGAAAAGGCUAGGAGAGCUGUCUUUCAUUUUAACUUGCUCUGAAAACUGUUGCAAGUCACACUUUCUUGGAUGGACAAGUAACUCAGUUUAGAGAUUAUAAGAAGUACUGUGUGUCUUUAAAAGCUAAAGUGUCCAAUUUCUGAAAUUGCUCACUGUGUUUCACCUACUGUAAGGUUAAGUGCUUUUCUAGUAUUUUACAGGUAGCCCCACCUCCCCGCUCGCCUGUUUGUACCUUCUCUUUUAAAAUACAUGUAUCUUCUAGAAUUACUUCCCAUUACAUUCUUGUAAAACUCAGAAGUUCCAUUGUGUAAGUCAUCUACUUCUGUGUAGGCCCCAAAUGGGUGUUGAAGUGCUCCGAGUGUCAUGGUCACCCUAAUCUCUUCCAAAGUAGCUCUUUAUGCUUCUCCACCUCCAGGUUUUGAACCUCAGCAACAAAAAGUCAGUGUGGUUGCUUCAAGCUCUGGGUCACAUAGACAGCUACUUUUUAGAGACGGUGACUCAUCCCGUUUGCCCAGGACUUUCCCCACUUCAGAAUUGACAGUCCCAUGUUACAGAAAGUCCCUCAGUCCUGGAUAGAGCAGUACCUAGUAGACAGAUAAUUCCUCUUGACUCCUCCCUUCCUCAGCCUGAGCACAGGAAGGCAGAAGAAACAGAUUUGUCCCUACCCAGAGUAUGGAUGUAGCUGCUCAGUCCUUACACCUGUGAGAAUCCAGUCCAGAGUUUAAUUAUUUACCUCAACUUUAUAAGUACAGAAAGGAAAACAUCCCAAACUUAACUGUCCAGUCUAGUUAAUUUCUACAUAACUCACAUUCCAAACUAUGUGUGCAUUCCUAGAUGGAGUGGUUUUGUUUUUGUGGUGCUGGGGAUCUAACACUUGAGGCAAGUGUCCCCCCUUUUGAAGACAGACUCACCAUGUAGCCCAGUCUGACCUUGAACUCUAAAUUGUCAGCUUCCCAAGUUGUCCUUCACCUUUGACCUCCACACAUGCAUUGGCAUGUUGUGUGAUACCUCCCCACAUAUAAAUAUUUUUAAAUUGGUAUGCAGUUUUGCUGGCCAUAGUGCUCAUACGUACGAUAGCAGCAAUCGUCAGGCUAAAGCAGGAGUGCCUUAUUCCAUGCCCUCCUGGGCUACAUACUGAGUUCCAGGCCAGCCUGAGCUAGAGUAAGACUGUCUCAAAAAAGGCAAAAUAACUCCAACCAAUUUCUUAGAAGCUUUGAGAUUUUUUUCAGUACACUCAGUAAUACAUGAAACAUAGUCCAUAUUCCUUGUUUCUUUUGGAUAGUAUUCCUCCCUCAAAAAAAAAUCAAGAGGGAAAAUAUAUCAGAGGAAAACAUGAAACUAAAGGUUUUAUCUGAGUAGUUUGUACCUUAAUGCUUAUUGUUUCUGUCUUCAUGUCCUUUCUGUAGAAUAGAAAGAUUGUGAGAACCCUUCAGCCAGAAGAAAGAGGAGCCCUUUGAAGACUGAAUUGCUUCUAAGUGGUCCAAAAUUACUUUUGUCAUCUAGGAGAUUAAUGGCCAAUCUCAUUAAUGCCCUUUAUCUUCCUUGUUAUAAGCCCUCAAUUACUUACCUAUGACCAGUAGCUUUUAAAUUUCUUUUGUUUGUUUUUUGAGACAGGUUGUCAUACAGUCUAGGUUGGCUUUGAACUCAUCAUGUAGCCAGGGAUGACUUUGAAGUACUGAUAUUUCUGCCUUCACCUCUUGAAUACUGGGAUUUACAGAUGUGUAUCCCCAUUGCAGGUUUAUGUGGGAAAGGGGUCAAAUCUAGGGCCUUGUAUAUGCUAGACAGGGAUACUGCAAAUGAUGCAACAUCACCAACUUGAAUUUGAAGAGUUAUUUUGGUGUGUGUGUGUGAGAGUGUGUAUGUGUGUGUGUGUGUGUUGGUUCUGUUUUGGGGAUCGAAUACAGACCUUUGUAACUGAUAGGCCUCCCACUUUACAACUGAGUUAUAUUCCCAGCUCUUUGUAUGUGUAUGACUGUGUAUGGACAUGUAGGUAUGUGCACAUGUAGGUGUCUGUGGAGGCCAUAGGGUGAUAUCAGUUGUGUCUUCUUCAACCA